AAUGCGCUUGCGUGGCCCCGUUUCACAGUUGGUUGCCCGGAGUAGCGUUUGUUUACAUCCGGGAACUUCCUCUUCUUCCGCCUCUGGUUGCCCUUCCCAAGAUGGCGAGUGUAACAGAGCUGAAAGCGGUGUUGAAAGAUAUGCUUGAGAAGAGAGGAACGCUGGGGCAGAUCAAAGCAAGGAUCAGAGCAGAAGUCUUUAAUGCCCUGGAUGACCCAAGUGAACCACGGCCUGUGUUGUCCCACGAGAAUCUUCUCAUCAACGAACUGAUCCGUGAAUACUUGGAAUUUAACAAAUACAAGUACGCUGCGUCUGUCCUCACAGCUGAAUCUGGCCAACCUGAAGUUCCACUGGAUCGGGGAUUUCUCGUUAAUGAACUGAAUAUAGUUGAAGAUCAUAGCAGCAGAUCAGUGCCACUUCUAUAUGGAAUUAUAGCCCAGCUGUUACAUGGGAAUGAGAACAAGGUUAGCUCUGCAUUUCCCAAAGCAUCGUCCUUGCCAUUUUCAAAGUGGAACCUCAGCAAGCCAUCCAACGAAAGGAUGCCAAUAGAUGCUUCUUUGGAGCCAAGAGACACAGCUGGCGCAAGGUUCAAGGAUGCCUUCCCUUCGCAAAACAUACACAGAUGAAAUAAACAGUCACGUAAUGUUUUGUGCAAA